CCAGGCUGUGGUACGGCAUGCAGUCGCAAAAGAGCUUCCGGGCCUCGUCGAGAUGCCCAUUUCGAGAAUAUGCCGACAGCAUGAACACCCAGGUGAAGGCAUCUUUUCUCGGGCCCAUGGAAUCAAAGACGGCCAGGGCGUCUGGAACGCUGCCGCAUCGCCCGUACAUCUCGAUGAGCUUGUUUGCGAGGAAAGCGCUGGUUGGGAUGGAGUGGUGGGCGAUUUUGGAGUGAACUUCUCUCGCGGAUGCGAUGCUGUGGCAGGAUUGAACGAGGCGGAUGCACUCCGCGAGCUCCAUUCUGAUCAGCAGCGAUGGAGGUGGAGCUUGCGACGAUUGAUACGCAUUUCUAUGCCUCGCUGCUUAAAUCGUGUGGCAAAACCAGAGAUUUGGCCGAAGGCAAGCGUCUCCACGUAAAGAUCCUUGGCAGCCACGAGCAGCAAAACACCUAUCUCCAGAACCUCCUCAUAGAGAUGUACGGAAAGUGCGGGAGCUUGAAAGACGCGGUCGAUGUGUUUGAGGGAAUCGCGCAGAGGAACGUCUACUCGUGGAAUGUGAUGCUCCUGGCAUACUCCCGGAACGGGCAUCUCGAGAAAGCAUCGACGCUCUUUGAGAAGAUGCCUUUGAAAAACCUUGCGACGUGGAACGCAAUGAUCGCUGUCUAUGGACAGAACAAGAAAGUUGACGAAGCGAGAAAGGUCUUUGAUUUGCUGCAAAACAAGAAUGUGAUCUCUUGGAACACGAUGAUCUCGGCAUAUGCCCAAAACGGGCAUCUCCAAGAAGCCAGGAAGCUCUUUGAUGAGAGCCCUGUUCUAGAUCAAGUUUCCUGGAACACGAUCGUCACUGCCUAUGCCAAGGAAGGAAAACUCAGGGAAGCGAGAGAUCUCUUCGAUCGAAUGCCAGAGAAGAGUGGGAUCGCGUGCACGGUGAUGGUGCUGGGCUACGCUCAAAAGGGCCAAAUCCACGAAGCAAAGCUCAUCCAUGAGAGCUAUGGCCCCGAUGAUCUCUACUGCGGCAACGCAAUGCUGGCGGCUUACGCCGAGAGCAACCAGUUCCAAACAGCCAUGGAUCUCUUUGCUGCGAUGCCCAAGAGGGAUUCCAUAUCCUGGAACACGAUGCUCAAGGCUCGCGUACACACCCGGCAAGUAAACCGCGCUCAAUUGCUCUUCGAAAAGAUGCCCAACCGUGACAUUGUCUCGUGGACAACGAUGAUCUCCGCGUACGCGCAGAAAAGCACUAUUUCAUGGAACGCAAUGAUUUCGGCAUACGCACAAAACGGGCAUCUCCGAGAAGCCCAGGAGCUCUUUGAAAAGAUGCCAGACAAGAAUAUGGUAUCUUGGAACGCCAUGAUUACGGGAUAUACCCAACACGGGCAUAUGGAGGAGGCCAGGGAAAUGUUCCACCGGACGCCAUACCGCGACUUAGUCUCGUGGAACGCACUUCUCUCCGGAUUCGCUCAAUCAGGACUUAUCACCGAAGCGAGCAAGCUCUUUGAUCGAAUCCCCAAUCCGGAUGUGAUCUCCUGGACGACCAUGGUAACCGCAUUUGCCUCACGGGGGCAACUUGACGAGGCCCGCGACGUGUUCGACCGAAUGCCCGUCCGGAACCUCGUCUCCUGGAACGCGAUGAUCUCGGGCUACUCCCAAAACGCACGCGGCCACGAGGCACUGCAACUCUACCGUACAAUGGACGUCGAGGGAGUCCGGCCUAACGAGAUCACGUUCGUGGGGGUGGUGGACGCGUGCACGGCCGUAGGCUCGCUGCCUCUCAGCCGUGUGAUCCACGCCCACAUCGGCGACAGCAGCCUGAGCUGGGACGUUACCGUCGGUAACGCCGUGGUUACCAUGUAUGCCAAGUGCGGUAGCCUCCACGGCGCGGAGCUCGUCUUCUCGAGCAUGGUACGGAAAGAUACCAUAACUUGGAACGCGAUGCUGGCGGCCUACGCCCAGUUCAGCUGCCACGCCGAGGCCGUACACGUCUUCCACGCCAUGCACGUGGAGGGCGUGCCCCCCGACCAGGUGACAUUUACCAUAAUGCUGGCGGUCUCCAGCCACUCGGGCGAGUGCAAGACGGGGCUGACGUACUUCUGGUCGGCGCGGUUGGAUUUCGGGCUGCCGUACAGGGCAGACCACUACCGGUGCAUGGUGGAUCUUUUGGGCCGGGCGGGGUAUAUUCGGGACGCCAAGGACCUCGUCCAGAGCAUGCCGUUUGAGCCGGACGUGGUGUCGUGGACGACGGUGCUGGGGGCGUGCCAGAGUGGAGAUGGGAAUGCCCGGGGUAGUGGAGAUCACAUCCAAGAGAGAGUGAUGGAAUUGGAUCCGGAAGAGUCGUCGCCAUAUGUUUUGUUAUCGAAUCUAAACUCUCAAUCUAUAUAGUUUUAUCAUUGAUUUGAUUGAAAUAGUAUUAUCCACCCAUGCAUGGACGCUGUCUAACUAGUUAUGUCCUCACAAAUGGAGUGUUGAUUAUCUGGAAUUCACAAAUCGUUAACUUAGGUAUAUGCACAGGAACAUACUGUCGAAAUUAUUGACCCCCUCUCCCAUGGCCUAUAUAGCGAUUGGGAAGACUUCGGAAACAAAAGUGAACGAUAGCGAUUUGCAGGGAAA